GGAGUAAGCUUCACCAUGUCCGGUAGCUGGUGGAGCAGUGCAGCGGUGACCCACGGGCUGGUGGCUCUGUUCGCCAUGGGCUCCUGGGUUUCCGUCAACAGUCUAUGGGUAGAGCUCCCGGUGAUAGUCAACGUGCUGCCCGAAGGGUGGAACCUGCCUGCCUAUAUCUCACUGCUGAUAGCGUUUGGGAACAUCGGUCCAAUAGCAGUGACCAUCACACACCACUGCGCUCCGGGGCAUUUAAACGAGCGCCUGGUCAUCCACUGCAUCCAGGUGCUGGCAGUCGUGGCGUCCGCUCUUCUGGCCAUCUUCUGGUCGCACACCGUCACGAUAGCCGGAGCGGAAAGGUCACUGCCGUUCCUGCUCUUCACCUUUGUGAUGUCAUUGGUCUGCUGUACCUCCAACGUCACCUUCCUGCCCUACAUGUUUAGCUACCCCCCUCAGUAUAUUCGUACUUUCUUCAUCGGUCAGGGCUUCAGCGCCUUGUUCCCUUGCAUUGUGGCUUUAGGGCAAGGCGUUAGCAAGCUGGAGUGCAAAACUGUGAACGGCACUGUGCAUCCGCAGUAUUUGAAGGAGAACUUUCCUGCGCAGAACUUCUUCUGGUUCCUGUGUGUCAUGCUGUCGAUCUCGGCUCUGAGCUUCCAGGCUUUGAUGCAAAGGCAGACGAGGUUGCGGGACAAUGCACCGCAACAGGAGGCUGACAAUGCAGCGGCAAAAAACGGAGAGGAAACGCACCCGCUGCACACCGGGGGGGCGCCGGUGUCUGAGGAUCAGGUGCGGGUGGAGGAACAGCCGCAGACAUUUUGGACACGGCGGAACAUUUACCUGCUGUCCCUGCUCACCGUCUCCAACGCCCUCACCAACGGGGUCCUGCCGUCCGUGCAGAGUUUCUCCUGUUUGCCUUAUGGACCCAUUACCUUUCACCUCUCCGUGGUCCUUGGCAACAUAGCCAACCCCCUGGCCUGCUUCUUCGCUAUGUUUGUUAUCCUGAGGUCCUCUGCUGGUCUGGGCCUCUUGUCUUUAGCAGGAGGAGUAUUUGCUGCAUAUCUCAUGGCCUUAGCAGCACUCAGCCCUUGCCCUCCACUUUUGGGAACCUCCGCUGGCAUGGCCUUAGUGGUCACCUCUGGAAUCAUUUUCACGGGACUCUACUCCUAUCUCAAGGUGGCGAUUGGGACUCUGCUGCACGAGGCGGGUCACGCCGCCCUGCUGUGGGGCGGCAUCUCUAUCCAGGCCGGCUCCCUUAUCGGAGCCCUCACUAUGUUCCCUUUGGUCAAUGUCUACCAAGUGUUCGAGCGGGCUCAAGAAUGUGUGGAUAACUGCACCACAUAGUUCCCAUUCGUUCGACAAGGCAACUGACUGUUUUAACCCAGUUUUUGGGGCUCCAGGGUGAAGGACCAGAUCAGUCCUCUCCUGAUUCAGAGGCCUCGGGGCCUGUGAAAACAUUCCUAGAUAAUGGAAGCAUUGUUAUGCUGCACAUUGGCCAAGGGGAUGUAAAAUGCAUAUGAUGCAGUAAUACCACAAGUGCUUUGUGUGGUAUUUUGAAUCUCUGUGGCAAAAACCAGCUGAGGGAUUUUUUCCCCACAACAGACCACGAGAAACAUUCUUUACUCAGGGACACAAUCAUUCACUUAUUCAUCCACAUUUGUUGCUCAGUCUAAUUAAUGAGAAAUACUCACACUAGUAGUUGCAAACUGCAGACAGGCCUUUCACAGGAACUCAUUUCUUUGGAAAAAUGACGAUAACAUAAAAAUGAACGAGGUCAUGUCCAUAUAUCGUACGAGAAGUCAAUAUGGUAAUUAUUGUGGCAGGCUAACCACAGAUCCCGUCCACACAGAAUGGAACGUAGGAGUUAUUUUUUGUGGCCAUUUUCAAAUGUUUGUCUACCUCGUCGCUUUGAUUCCAUUGUGAGCAUAUAACAUGACUUUAUUUAGCUUCAGUCAUUUAUACAAUUCAGUUGAGUCAGCGAUUAUGAAAAGUGUAUCAUUUGUAAUAUAGCUACUUUUAAACAUACAGUUCAUAAAUGCAGUGACUUGACUUCAUGCCAAAUUUAUUUCUGUGCCUGAAAAAUGGUGAACUUUAUAAAACACGGGGUUUCCGUUUACUUUGGACUCGAUUGUGGUUCUGAUCAUGUUUUAUACUUUAGAAUUAUAGUUUAUUUACUCGUCAUUUGGGAUUUUUAUUCAUUCCAAAUACAGUAACGUUAUGUCAUCUUAAAGGAACAGCUGGCCAAGCAAAGUAACGGUUAACAGUUUUGGUAUCCAAAGGGAUACUGUCAUCUCAGUCUUUUAAACGUAAUAAUAAUUUAUGUCUUAUGUACUUCUUCUACCUUGUAAGGCAAUUUAUGAACCAUGAUGCUACCGUACAUCCCAUUUAAUUACUUUAUUAAACUCAACAGGUUUACAGAGGAAAAGUAUUUGUUAACGGCGUCUUCAUUUUAUGUUGUUUUUUUUAAAAGAUCAAUCUGUUAAAUUCUGAGCUGAUUUUUGUGGUGGAAAAAAAUAAUCAAUAGUACCGAGUGAGUCCUACGAUACUGGAAUUAAGAAACAUCGAGGAAAGAAGUUUGUCUUUAAAGUAUUUAUUCUCUGCGCAGAGACGGUUCAAUCGUCACACAGAAUGCAAUGCGGUCUGAAGGAGGAAGGACCCAGAGUGUUGGUUGUGUACGACUUAUAGAGGCCUUGAGCACAUGGUGGGAUCGGAGGAGCUCAUCACUAGGACAUCUGGACAACAGUGAUCAUUCACUGAUCAACCAUUGAAUUGUUGAUCACUGAUCCCCAUUCAGCCCCCCAUCUAAGUUGACAGUAUCACGCCCUUGAUUAAGACACACACCUAAUAUUACUCAACCUGAGAGGACCCCUACUGACCAUGUCUGACAUUGAUUCACUUUGUUAAUACAGAAAGGGCCAAAACACUGAGUGGUCAGACAAUAAGAACAGAUAGAUAAGUCAUAGUGGAAAUUAGCCAUCACAAGGUUUACAGAGGAAAAGUAUCUGUUAACGUCUUCAUUUUAUGUUGUUUUUUUUUUAAAAGAUUAAUCUGUUCAAUUCUGAGUGACUGUAAAUGGACUGGUUGUUGAGCGAUUGAGGUGCUUUUUCUUUAUUUCAUGACUCACCAUUUUACGUGGAGUUAGUUUUUUUAAAUUGAUUUUCAAAUUGCUGAUGUUGAAGUGUAUUAUGAAGUCUACGAAAUCAAUG